AGUAUUUAUACGGUUUCGGCAAUGACUUUAUGAGCGAGGAUCCUAGGACUCCUGGAUCACUUCCAAGGGGCCAGAACAAUCCUCAGCGUUGUCCGUACGGUUUAUAUGCAGAACAACUCUCAGGAACUGCCUUCACUGCUCCAAGAGGAGAGAACCAAAAAUCAUGGUUAUACAGAAUCAGGCCAUCGGUUAUUCAUGGCAUUUUUAAAAAAGUAGAUCAGAAUAGAAUUACUAUUAAUUGGAAUGAAAGGCCGCCAAAUCCAAAUCAGAUUCGAUGGAGACCUUUCCCACUACCUUCGACGAAUGUUGACUUCGUCGAAGGGAUCUACACAGUGUGCGGUGCCGGCGAUCCUCGACUCAGGGUAGGACUUGCAAUACACAUAUAUCUCGCAAAUACAUCGAUGAAGAAUAAGGCCUUCUAUAAUUCUGAUGGAGACUUUCUCAUUGUUCCACAGCUCGGAACCCUUGACAUUAAAACCGAGUUUGGGAGAUUGAUAGUGGAACCAAAUGAAAUAUGUGUCAUACCACAAGGAAUAAAAUUUAGUGUUGAUUUGAAUGGAGCAAGCCGAGGCUAUAUCUUAGAGGUAUUUGGAUCGCAUUUCUCUCUUCCCGAACUUGGACCUAUUGGAGCUAAUGGACUUGCAUACGCAAAACAUUUCGAAUACCCCACCGCUCGAUAUGAAGAGAUAGAAGAAAAAUAUAUGAUCUUCACCAAAUACCAGGGAAGUUUGUUUGCCGCUCUGCAGUCCCACAGCCCUUUCGACGUUGUCGCGUGGCAGGGCAACUACGCUCCUUACAAAUAUAACCUCGAAAGGUUCAUGACAAUCAACACUGUCUCUUAUGAUCACUGUGAUCCUUCAAUAUUCACUGUUCUCACCUGUCAAUCCCAAAAACCUGGAACAGCAUUGGCCGAUUUUGUUAUAUUUCCUCCUCGGUGGGCUGUCGCAGAACAUACAUUCAGGCCACCAUACUACCAUAGAAACUGUAUGUCGGAAUUCAUGGGUUUGAUACAAGGCGGUUAUGAAGCUAAAGAAGAUGGUUUCUUACCCGGAGGAGCGUCGCUCCAUUCUAUCAUGACCCCUCACGGCCCUGAUUCAGUUUGCUUUGACAGUGCCUCUUCAGCAGAUUUAAAACCUACCAAAAUUGCUAUCGGUGAUAUGGCCUUCAUGUUCGAAAGUUGUAUGGGCCUCUCUUUGACUGAAUGGGGUGAGGUCAGCUGUAGUGCAAUCGACGAGGAUUACAAUAAGUGCUGGCAGGAUUUGAAGAAGAAUUUUGAUAUGAUGAAAUUAUAG